AUGGUGAAGAGUUGUGGGAAAGAUUGCUUCCACAUCUGGGUGCGCCUGCAUCCCUUCCACGUCAUCCGCAUCAACAAGAUGCUGUCCUGCGCAGGCGCCGACCACCUGCAGACCCGCUUGCGCAGGGCCUUCGGGAAGCCGCAGGGGACCGUGGCCCGCGUCCACACUGGCCAGGUUAUCAUGUCCACCUGCACCAAGCUGCAGAGCGAGGAGCACGUCAUCGAGGCCCUGCGCAGGGCCAAGUUCAAGUUCCCCGGCCACCAGAAGAUCCACAUCUCCAAAAACUGGGGCUUCACCAAGUUCAAUGCCCAGGAGUUCAAGGCCAAGAUGGCGCAGAAGCGUCUCAUCUUGGAUGGCUGCGGAGUCAAGUACGUGCCCGACGGAGGCCCCCUGGACAAGUGGUGGGCUCUGCACUCCUGA